UUAGAGGCUUACUGGAGCCUCAGGUUGGUUGACCACACAUAUUAGCUCAGAGAGGAGCAGCCAAGCAGCUACAGAGCCUUGUGGUCUGCUACUCUUGAAUAAUAUUAUCAUUAAUAUUUGAUGUAUUUUACCUCACUUUGCCACCUAGGUGUGGGCUCCCUGUCUGUCUGUCUGUCUGUCUGUCUGUCUGUCUGGCUUUGACGGCUGACCCCAGGUCAGAUCUCCUGGAUUAAUUGAAGGAGCUGUUCAUAUCCACUGGGCUCAAUUUGAAGCCAUUUUAAAAGCUGCUGUAGUCUGGACUGAGACUUCUUCUCCGGGAACUGCGAGGUCGUCGUAAUCGUCGGUCAGAUUGAGCAGAUAAUCUGUGUUUCUCUUCAAACUCGUCAAGAUGAAGGACCGACUGGCUCAGCUGAAGGAGACGACUGAUGCCGCACCUGAUGAUGUCGAGGUUUCUAUGGAGAAUGAAGCUUUCAUGGAUGAUUUCUUUGCUCAGGCUGAAGAUAUUCGAAUCAGCGUUGACAAGAUUGAGGGGAGUGUCGUAGAAAUCAAAAAACUCUACUCCACCAUUUUGGCGGCCCCUACAUCUGACCAGAAAACCCAAGAUGAUCUUGAAGCGCUCACCAAUGAGAUCAAGAAGGCGGCCAACAACGCAAGAAACAAACUCAAGAGUAUUGAACGGCAGCUCGAGUCAAACGCAGAUGAACGAUCGUCAGCUGACCUCAGGAUACGAAAGUCACAGCAUGCCAUCCUGGCCAAGAAGUUUGUUGAGGUGAUGACAAAGUACAACGAGGCUCAGGUUGACUUCAGAGAUAAGAGCAAAGGGAGAAUCGCCCGACAACUGGAGAUCACGGGGAAAGCGACAACCGACGAGGAGCUGGAGGAGAUGCUGGAGGGAGGCAACUCGGCUGUGUUCACUGCCGGGAUCAUGGCGUCGAACAUCAACCAGCAGGCUCUGAACGAGAUCGAGGCUCGUCACAAAGACAUCAUGAGGCUGGAGAGCAGCAUCAAAGAGCUCCAUGACAUGUUUGUGGACAUCGCCAUGCUGGUGGAGAACCAGGGAGGCAUGAUUGACAGGAUCGAGGGCAACAUGGACCAAUCGGUGGGAUUUGUAGAGAGGGCGGUGGCCGACACCAAGAAAGCAGCAAAGUUCCAGCAGGAGGCGCGCAGGAAACAAAUGAUGAUCUUCUGCUGCUGUGCGAUUCUAACCAUCAUCCUCGGUUCAUUCGUCUACAGCUUCUUCAAAUAGAGGAGUUUUAUUUAUUUAUUUACUCACUUAUAUAUAUUUUUAUUUAGCCUUUUUUUUUUUUAAACUAGAAAGUGACAUUGAGGUUAAAAUGUCUUUUACCAGUGAGUAGAGGUUAACAAGGUAGAGAGGAACAUCACAUUUAUCAGAUGGUCACAUAUAACAGAGCAGUUCAUUCAAAGGUAGAACUCAGCUACAGCGACGCUUUGCUCACGUGUCAGGAUAAACGUCAGUUUGUGUCAGUUUUGGCUUCUUCUGUUUGAAUUUGAAUCUGUUCUCACUGAGGAGGGUUGGCGUUAGAUUAUGUGAACGUGAUGGUACCACUAGAAGACGGGUUCAAAGUUGGCGGGAUAUUUAAAUCUCAGGUCAGUCUGUCCUCGUCGCUGCAUUGUCUUUUUUGGUCACUGGUUCACCCAUAAACUCUGCACCAGCUUUAGUCUUUAAUAUCACAUAACAUUACAGUUGUCAUCAGAUGGUCUUUUCUGACUGGAAACUAGCUCUUCAUAAAGCCCUCACAAUCCCGCACCAAAUCCCAUAGUAAAAAUCAAGGAUUUUAGCCAACAGGGACAAGAGGCUUGCUGAUCCAUCGCUGCCUCCAUCAGUAAGUUAAAAUAUAUCAUUUUGUAACUGUCAAACUUUUAAAUCAUUUGUUCUAAAUCACCAAGUGACACAAAACAGCUACUGUGUCCCUGCAAGCUAAAAAGUAUGAUUUUCUCUGUGGGAAAGCAAACCCUCCAUCUUUCAGGCUGUGGUCAGUGCUGUGUAUGUGCCAGUAUCUCAUAUAUCGCUGGAAUGAGUAAAAUCAAGUCACUAUCAAAAGUAUUGACACAAGCAUAAUUUUACUUAUGUGGAUUUGUUGUUGUUUUCUUUUAAGUUGCGAUGCUACUGUUCCAAUACUUGUGCUAUUGACGACAUCUAAUAUUACAAUUCCUAUCAUGCUGGGCAUUAAUCAAUCAAUCAAACGACUGUAUGUGAUCCUGAACAGAGUCAAAGGCAGGAAUGACCUGAGAAGAUACAUUCUGAAUGGUUAGGAGUAGAGAUACACGCAGGCCUGCUUUAUUUGACUACACUGACACUGCCUUGGGAGUGUUUACUGCUUUAUUGUUUGUGUAUUUAUUUCAGUUCAUUUUUAUGAUGUGUAUGUGUGUUUUUUCCUAAUUCUUUUGUAAGAACUACAACUGUAUUAUCUUAAAAUUAAAUAAAACAUGGUGGAUAUUGUGGCUCUGUAAGUGUGGAUCCAAAGGAACGGGUCAGAAUUAAGGUCAGGACUACAGGUCAGCCACGGCUUCAUCAGUCACUGUUAGUUUGUGUGAAACUUUGUGAAAACACCGAGUGCGGUGUACGACUGCGUUUCUACACUUUGUAGCAGUUUUAUAGGGGAAAUGAUUUUGU